AAGAAAACUAACGAACGAUGUCGGAACCAAUAAGAUUCAGAGAUGGGGGAAAUGGGAAAGGCGAUAGGAUUACUGAUAAGCGGGACGCUUGUGUAUCACCAUUGCGCUAAUCGAAACGCAACUCUUCUCUCCCUCUUCUCCGAUGUCCUCAUCGUUCUCUUGUCCUCCCUCGCCAUUCUCGGUCUUCUCUUUCGUCAACUCAAUGUCUCGGUACCUGUGGAUCCAUUAGAGUGGCAAAUAUCACAAGACACAGCCAGUAACAUCUUUGCACGAUUAGCUAAUACUGUUGGUGCUGCUGAAUCCGUUUUGCGUGUUGCAGCAACAGGACAUGACAAGAGACUUUUUCUUAAGGUCGUGAUCUCUCUAUAUUUCCUGGCAGCUCUGGGACGAAUCAUAUCGGGUAUGACCAUUGCUUAUGCGGGACUAUGUUUGUUCUGUCUCUACAUGGCUUGUCAGAACUCUCAAUCUACCGGAAACUCUGUACUGAAUCGAACUAACAGAGAGACUUCAGAAUGAGAAGAAUCAGCUACAGAGUUCUUAACAUUUGACUCUCACAAUCACAAUCUGUCUAAAAUUGUUUUCUCCUUUAACUCACUCUCCUAGCAUAUAUAUAAUUGAUAAAAAAUCAUAAAAAUCUUGAAAUA